UCGCGUUUGGACAAGUUCAUGUCAUCCUUGGGCAUCGCGGCGCGCUCAGGUGAUCUUGCGGAAGUGAAGAAGCUCAUUGCUAGUGGGCACAAUCCGAAUGCGGUAGACGAGGACGAGCGAACGGCGCUCCACUGGGCGGCGUCGUCGGGGUAUAUUGACGUCGUGGAAUACCUGGCAGAGAUCACACAGCUCGACCGUCAAGAUGACUCUGGCUGGACAGCGUUGAUGAGUGCCACGUCGGCAGGGCACGUUGAUGUUGUAAGUCAUUUGCUCAGCAAGGGGGCGAAUGCCAACUUGGCCAACGAAAACGGUCAAAUCGCACUCCAUUACCACAAAGGCCGACAAGAAAUCGCUGAACUUGUUGUGGACUCGACAAGCAACAUUAAUCAUGCGGACCGAUCUGGCGCGACUCCGCUGACGAAAGCAUUGGGUGGUCGGCCGUCACCAGAGAUCGUCCAUCUCUUGCUGGAUCAUGGCGCGUCCCUCUCUACCCAAGACGUUCAUGGCAACUCGCCAUUGCACAUUGCACUCCUUGAAGGCCAUGAAGGCAUCGCGGCAAUGCUCGUGGAACAUGGCGCCAACGUGCAUGCGACCAACAAAGCCAAGCAAUCGUGCUUGGACAUCGCGCCGCGGGCGUUCCGCCUGCGCGUCCUUGCCGCGCCAUGUUAGCUUGAACUUGCGACACAGUUUGAAGAACAACAUGGAAAAACAAAAUUCGAUUUUUCUUUUUUCUUUUUAAAUGGCAUUCGUGUAAUAGUAUUACGCGGUGCGUUUGAAAUGGUUUUCGUCAAUGGUCGAGUAAAUGUGCCCUUCGUUCGUGAGGUAGUUCAACGCGUCGCGAAGUUGGGCGUCGGUGACGCGCCCGUGGAGGUUCUGCUUGAUCUGGUCCACCGACAGACCCAUGUCCAGCGAACUCGCGCCCAGGAUAUCGAGAAUCGCCUGCUGCGCGGGGUCUGAGAACCCAGAGUCCGACGCGCCAAAGUUGUAGUUUUGCUGACCGCCUGUGGACGCCGCUUGCCCGCCAAACGCGUUGAACCCACCACCGAAAUGACUCGAGGUGUCGGUGAAGCCUUGCGUUCCCGCCGCUGCACCUCCUCCACCACCAAGAGGACCCUACACGAACACAACCAUCAGCAUGAGUUGCAAUGAAAUCAAUCGUACCUUGGUGUUGCGGAGGUGUGUGUAGAUACAGUCGAGGAAGUGGUGCGUGAUCUGGUUAAAGUUCUCAACAGGGGUCACCGUAUGACAGGAUAAGCUUGUCUUGCCACCGAACGACCGCAGGUUGCCGACAGCAGACACGUAAAUCCCGUCCUGCAACGUCUCUAGCAGUUGCUGCUGAUACGGAUCGUCUUCGCCUUGUAAGAAAUAUCGCGACGCAAACGUGGCCGUGCCGUCGUUGAUCACGAAUGUGAUGGUGGUCGAGUUGUGCACCACUUCCGUCAAGAGGCCCACGAGGUGGACGUUGUUCAGUUCCUUGCCGUCCACAAGGGGGUUGUCGUCGCCACUCGCGACCGCCGUUACCAAUUGGCGCACAGUCAGAGGGGUGAGUGUUUGGUUCUCCCGGGAAUUCCCGCCACCUUGCUUCUGUGGGGUAUUCUGGGACUCCAUGUAGCCGCCGCUACCUUCCAUGUACCCUCCAUCGUUGCUCUCCCACUGCAUUCUUGUGUUUCGUGCCGAGAAAAUUAUGGCGCUGAGUUUCGCGGUAAAAAUCGCUCGUAGAUUUUAUUGGAUAAAAACGUUGUUCAGAAUCCAAUCAAAUCUAUCUGAUUAAAUAAUAAUAUAUAUA